AUGCCAGAAAAGUUCAAUUCCAAAAACUUGGCCUACACCUCCAAGGCCCCUCCCUUCCUCGCAGCGCUCCAGGCACAAGCAGCAGGCCACGGCGGCCCUGAUCCUAUCACCGCCGGCCGCAGACGAGCCGGCAAGAAACGCUCCGACAGCGAAGAGGCUGAAGACGUGCCUUUGGUGGUGGACGAGCGCGGCAAUACGCUAGCGCUCGAGGUGGACAAGGAUGGUGAGGUGGCUUCCGGACAGCACGAUGGCCCGAGGCAGGCCAACGCCGACAGGGAGGAGGUAGAGGGCAAGAGGGAGGUGAAUGUGGCAAUAUCCAUUGGUGGGAGGAAGAGGAAGGCUGGCAAGGUUGUGGGCGGUGACGAGGCCGGGGAGAACGAUGGGAAGAAUCUUGUCAAGGGGGAGAUGAAUGACGGGAAGAAGAAAGACAGAAUGGGCUCCACGAAGCCUAAGAAAAAAGCCAAAACGAUCAAGCUCAGUUUUGAUGAGGACUGA